UAAAAAAAAAAGGAAAAAUUUGGUAAAAUUUAUAAAAAGAAAUGAGUAAAAGGAAAGCGCCUUCCAGUGCAGAUAACCCAAAUCAUGAUCUAUGUGAAUUAUUCAAUGAAUUGGCAGAUUAUGAAAAAAAUGUUACAAGGGACAUUUUCAAACAUAAUGCAUAUAGAAAAGCUGCAACAGUUCUAGCUCUGCACCCAACUGGGAUAAAAUCUGGAGAUGAGGCAAAACAGUUAAAAGGAAUUGGUGAUAAGAUAUCCAAGAAGAUUGAUGAAUUCUUAGCUACUGGAAAGCUGAAAAAAUUAGAGAGUAUCAACAGUGAUUCAAAAAAUACAGCAAUCAAUUUGUUGACUAGAGUAUCUGGCAUAGGACCUGCAAAAGCCUACACUUUGGUAAAUGAGGGAAUCACUACAUUGGAAGACUUGAGGAAACAUACUGAUAAACUGACACAUCAUCAAAAUAUAGGAUUGAAGUAUUUUGAAGAUUUUGAGAAGAAAAUUCCAAGAGAAGAAAUAGAGCAGAUUGAAAAGAUCAUUAUAAAAGCAGUCAAAGAGCUUGAUCCAAAGUUCGUUGUAACCAUAUGUGGAAGCUACCGGAGAGGAAAACCAGAAAGUGGUGAUAUUGAUACAUUAAUAACACUUCCUAGCUUUACAAGUGAUAAAGUUGACAAAAAACAAAAAAAUAAAAUGUUGGGCAAUAUUGUGACAGCUUUAGAAAAAUGUGGAUUGAUAACAGAUACUCUUUCACUGGGAGAAACCAAAUUCAUGGGUGCUUGUAAAGUUGAUUCUGACCACCCUACCCGAAGACUGGACAUAAGAUUUACACCCCAUGACCAGUAUUAUUGUAGCAUACUCUACUUCACAGGAUCCGAUAUGUUCAAUAAAGCUAUGAGAGCACAUGCUCUAGAAAAUGGAUUCACUCUGAAUGAGUAUACCCUUCGUCCAAUAGGAAGUACAGGUGUACCAGGUGAAUCAGUUGAUGUCAGCUCUGAGAAGGAUAUUUUUGAUUUCAUUGAUUAUCCAUAUAGAGAACCCAAAGAUAGGAACAAUUGAUUACGUUGUGCAAAGAACAUAAUAAUUUCAUGUUAUUUCCCUCCUUACAUUAUUAUUCAGAUUUACACUUGAAUAAAUUGUUUUAUGUUACUGAA